AUGGAAACCAGAAGAAAAACCAACGCUGAAGAUGGCAGCGGAAGGGUAUCUCCAAAUCCGAGCGUGUCAGGCACGCAGGGCGGAGAAGAGUCUCCUCCUCUUCUCCGCCCUGCGUGCCUGACACGCUCGGAUUUGGAGAUACCCUUCCGCUGCCAUCUUCAGCGUUGGUUUUUCUUCUUCUGCUUCUGCUCAAAUCUAAAUCUCCGUCUUAGCACGAAUCCGGCUGAAAAGCCAUCAUAUGAGGAUAAUUUGCGUGACUUAAUUGAAUUCAUAGAUAACGACAUGGAUAAGGCAUGUAGGCUAAAUAAGACUGGGAGAGAUGGACUCAAAUCCAGAGUUAUGACCAUUGCAAUGGAUUUAGCGAAUAUGGCGGGUCAGUGCAAAAUACUGACGGAAGAAGUAGAGAGACUGCGUAAAGAGAAAACAGUGCAAAGAGAGACGAGAAAGAAAAAGAUACAUUCUGUAGAUACCGAAAAUGGCGUAAAAGAGGAAGUCAAGCCUAAGGACGAAGAUGUUCUAGCUCUGUAUGAGAAUAUGGAGCAGAACAUGAGAUUAUCACGACUGGAGGAAUUUUCCAUCCUAGUCGCGGCCCUGAGGCAUGUAGUCAGAAGACUUCAUCCUAGGGGGGACAAAAUAACAUUUCCAGUUCCUGACGCGGUGGAUAGAAUCCAGCUAAGAUGCUCAAACAUCCCGUCAGACGCAAACGAACUGUUGUUCUUACUAAAGCAAGUCUUUAGCAGGAGAGGAGAGGUAUUCGACCUAGAAGAGCUGUACUGUGACUUCGUGAAAACGUAUGGAAGAAUCACCACGGAUUAUGCUCAAAAUGGCCACUAUGCCAAAUACACACCAGGCAUCCAUAAAAAUUACUGUAUUUGGUAUUACAUUGUAAUACCAAAGUGCCUAAAAUGCCUAGAUCUCGGCCACGUACCCAAACAUUGUGGUAGAGAAACGACUUGUGGACACUGUGGCGGAGCCCACGAAAAGAAAGACUGUAACAAAGCUGGACAGCCGAAAACUUGUAUACCGUGCAAGUAUAGAAAUAAAUCGAACUGUGGAAAAGAGUCGAAUGACUGUGCAACAUACAAAUUGCUCAUGGAUCGCCUGAUCCAAAAAACAGAUUACGAUGGACAGUCGAAAGCGCCGUCAAGGCGUCUUCGAGACAGACUGAGAUUACUUUCUUUCAGAAGAAAGAAAAAGAACGUGCACUCUGUUGAAAGCGAAAUCAAAGAAAGGGAUAAGAAAGACGAUGUUAUGGCUCUGUAUGAAAAUAUGGAGCUAAACAUGAGAUUGUCUCGGCUGGAGGAAUCUUCGAUUCUAGUUGCAGCUCUAAGACACAUAGUAAGGAAGAAAUAUCCAAAAGGUGAUAGGGUGACUUUUGCGGUUCCUGACGCGGUGGAUAGAAUCCAGCUUAAGUGCUCGAACAUACCCACCGACGCGGAUAGAUUGUUCUUUUUGCUGGAGAAAGUCUUCAGUAGGAGAGGAGAGGCUUUCUAUGAAAGCUCUAGUCUAAAUCUGAGGCUAAGCGAGAAUGGGCGAGCAUCGGAGAGAGAACUGACAGUGGAAGAAAAAUUUCAGGAUCUCAUGGAAUACGUUGAUAAUGAUAUGGAUCCUUCGAAAAGACUAUCGAAAGCAGGUAAAGAAGGUUUGAAGACGAGGCUAUUGAAAUUAGCGAUGGAAAUGGCCAGUCUUACAGGCCAAAAUAAAAUGUUGAAAGAGGAGGUUGAAAGACUACGACAUGAAAAUAAUAAGCGUAGAGAAAUAACAUAUGCCAAAAUAGCGGCACAACCAGUUGCAGGAACCACAAAGAGCGAGGUACAACUAAAAAUAGAAACCGCAAAAGAUGAUAAUACGUUAUUUAUAACAUCUGAAAAACUGACUAGUGGCAAAAAACUGCAGGAAGAGUUCACAAAAUUAAUAAAUCCGAGAACAAAUAAAGUUAGAAUCAAUAAAAUGCGAACGACGGGCAAAGCACUAAUAAUUGAAACAGCCUCAAAAGAGGAUUUGAAUAAGAUUAAGUCAAACAAAACAGUGCAAGAAAAUUUUAAAUGUGAAAACGCCUAG